AUGGUCGCGGAUAUCAAGCGCACCGUGAAGCUCAUCACUGAGCAGAAGAACAUCGACAAGCCGUCCGAGGUCGAGGGGUUUCCCAUGAAGACAUGGAGCAUUGAGAUCUACCUCCUGGAUGAAGCUGGAAAUGAGAAGCCUGCGACCUGCUUCACCAAGGCCGUUUACAACUUGCACCCUUCGUUUGCCAAUCCCAUACAGACUUUCACUGAAGCACCCUUCCGCUGCGAGAACGAGGGAUGGGGUGAGUUUGAUAUGUCAAUCGAUUGCUACACGACCGAAAAAGGUGGGAAGAAUACACUGCUUCACGAUCUCAACUUCGCCAAACCCCACUACGAAUCCAAGCACCCCGUUGUCUUCAAGAACCCAUCCGCGUCCCUAAUCAAUCUGCUAAGAGAGACCGGUCCCGUUGGUGACGAGAAUGGUGCGCGCAAGAAGGAGGAGAAGAAGCGGAAGAGAACGACAGGUAGCGUUGACAUGGAGAAAUUGGCAGAUGGACUGGUUAAGCUGGAUGAGGAGCAGCUGUUGCAUGUUGUGCAAUUGAUACACGACAACAAGUCUGAUGAUACUUACACCAAGAAUGAUAUUGAGCAGGGCGAAUUCCACGUCGAUCUUUACACGCUUCCGGAGACAUUGGUGUCGGCGUUAUCAUUUAAGUAUGCCUUGGAUGAUGACCACGGAAGCGUUGGCCAUUUCCCGCUUUGCUUCACUGCACUGAUUGCACUGUACAGCCAUACCCCCUCUCCAAACUCGCGCUAUGGAAUUCGCACACCGUGGUUCUACUUCACCACAGCGUCUAUUCUCGGUCAAGGAGGAAAUUCGGCGAGGCUUCUCGCCCAUCUUUCACGCAAUUGCUGGUCAUAG